UUAACUUUUAUGAUAACAUAAACAUAUAUAUGUAAUUUAAUCAACUCCAUCUUCUUCUUAUUUCAUAUUAUUAUAUGUGAUGUUAUGUAUUUAUGGUUUUAACUGUUUCUGCUACACUUUAGCAAAAUGUUCAUUCUUCAUUAUCAUCUACGAAAAUCUUCUCAAAUAAAUGUGUGUUAUACUACUCGUUCCUGUUCUAGAUUAAUAUGAACGCACGAUACUAAGAACAAGGACCCUUAAAUAUUUCUGUGGCUGCUUAGUGUUUCCAUAUAUCGUCGUAAUCAUGUCGAUGUGCUGAAUCUUCUUGUCAAUGCACUUGUUUAUUGUUAUUAUUUUUAUUUAUUAUUAUUUUCAACUUCGUUACUAACGUAUCUGAGUCUGUUUCGUUCUGUAUUUCUCUGCUACAUGUAUAUAUAUAUACAUGCUCUUUAGUCUUUAGCUUUCAUUAUGAAGUUACAUGUAUGUGGAUCUGAGGUUGAGUAUCUUAUAGUUUGGUUUGGUUUGUAAUAAGUUAUCUUUGCCUUUGUUUUAAGCUAAGAUCGAAUAUAUUGUGGUUGCUGUUAUAUGUGUGAUUCAGUGGUUUUGUUUCUAAAGCUGUGUCAACUGGUGAAGAAUGUUGUAUUCCUUCGGGUGUUUGAGUUACACUAAUUGGAUUUUUAAUUUUCUGGCUAAAGAAUUGAUAGGGUUUGUGUUAUGGAGUGUCUUAGGUACCAUUGUUGAGGACUCUAGUGCUUUGAAUUUCAGCUGCUUUGAAAUAUCCCUUUGCUGCAGAAAAAGAAUAAAUUGGGUUUGUUAGCUGUUCGAGAAUUCAUUCCCCCAAAGAUUGCAUCUUUUGAUGCUUAUGGAGUCAAUUCACCAGGAUUACGAUCAUUUGGUAGAGCAAACUUCUGAUAGUCCUCCAAGUUCUCCAGAUAUAAAUGACAUAGUUGGAGCCCCCCAAAUGAAUCCGCAAGUCGGUCUUGAACACCAGGUGGACGUUCCUUCCUUCUUGAAAGAAUAUGAACAGCUUCAACUUCAAAUGAAUCCUGCUGAUUCAGAAGCUGUGCAUGAUAAUUCACUUCAUUUUGCUAUUGGUUUAACCAUCCCAACCAUGUGGGUGCCUAAGGAGGUGGAUAAUGGUUUUGAAGGGCUGCGUCUGUGGCAUAGUCGAGACAAUGACUUGAAGAAGAAAAACAGUAUACCAGAUCAUGGAAUAGAAUCCAAACCAACCACUUCUGUCAACAAGGGAGGUCAAUUGGAUGAAAGCCAAAAUUACAUGAUGGUCCCUGGAACAUUGAGUAACUCCUGGAGUGAUUCUGAUGUUAAGAGUUUUGUCCUUAGUUUAUUUAUUUUUGGGAAGAAUUUUAUACAGAUACAAAAGUUCUUGGAGAACAAAGGCAUGGGGGACAUACUAUCAUUUUACUAUGGCAAGUUUUAUAAGUCUGAAGAAUACCGUAGAUGGACUUCCUGCAAGAACAAGAAAGGAAGAAAAUGUAUGCAAGGACGGAAAUUUUUUAACGGAUGGAGGCAACAUGAACUAAUGUCUCGCUUGCUUCCUCAGGUUUCAGAGGAAUUUCGAGAAAGCUUGCAACAGGUUUCUAAGUCAUAUAUGGAGGGGAGAACUUCUCUAGAAGAAUAUGUAUCAUCUUUGAAAUCUACCGUGGGACUUGGCAUGCUUGUGGAAGCUGUAGGCAUUGGCAAGGGGAAGGAAGACCUUACAAGGCUUUCUACGGAACCUGGGAGGAACAGCCACGAGUUUUCAGUACCAAAUAGCAAAGCUUGGUCUUCUCUUGAACCCAAUGAUAUAAUAAAGUUUUUGACCGGAGGAUUCCGACUGAGCAAAGCGAAAAGUAAUGAUCUUUUCUGGGAAGCUGUUUGGCCCCGCUUACUGGCAAGAGGCUGGCACUCUGAGCAACCGAAUAGUCAAGGAUACAUCUGCUCUAAAGAGUUUUUAGUUUUUCUCAUCCCUGGUAUUAAGAAAUUUUCGAGGAGAAAACUUGUGAAAGGUGAUCAUUACUUUGAUUCUGUCAGUGAUGUGUUGAACAAAGUUGUAGCUGAGCCGAAUCUUCUUGAGCUUGAAGGCGAAGAAGCUAAAGUUGAUAGCUGCAAUGAUGAAGAGAUCGAAAAGGGAUUGAAUGAGGAUUCUCAAUCUGAUGGUCAUCGCCACUGUUACCUCAAACCUCGUGCUUCUAUCAAUAAUACCAAUCCUAUGAAGUUUACAGUUAUUGGUACCAGUUUGUUGCAUGGCAGGAAGUCAUCUGAAUCUAGGGAAUUGAGGUCUAUACCUGGUAAACCAUUGGGAAAAAUUGAGCUAAAUUCUGCUGGCAUAACAUGUAAUAAAGAGGACAAAGAUAUCAAAAAGGCUAACCCCAUUAAGGGUGGCCUUGACAACAAAAAGUAUGCAAUAUUCACCGUUGUUGAUACUAGUUUUCCUUGUGAAAGAAAUUUAUCAAAGGUGAGAGAAUUAAGAUAUCCACUAGCUAAACUGGAAGAAGCUUCGAAGAUAAUUGGAAUUAAAAGAGAAAGUGAUGGGAGUUCCUCAGAUGACAAAUCUUCAAGCAAGAUAGAAGCUACUAUGGUUGUAUGUGGGAAAAAGAAUACGAAGAAUUUUCUGAAAGGCACGCACGAAAGAGAUGCUGCUAAACCGAAAGCACAUGGUUGUAAACCAGAUGGUAAUGGAAACAAGGUGGAUAAGAAAUGUGAAAAUCCGAAGACAUGUUUGCCUACCAUAAAACAUCAAUUCUGUCGGAGAGCGAGAUCAAAUCUUGCAGCUCAUCCCACCAAACGGCGAAGACUGACUGCUUGUGUUAAAUCUGAAACAAACCGCAUGCUUGAGAAGUCAGGGAGCUUUAGAUCAGAAAAACCUGGAGUCUCCCAGUCAUCCUGUUUUCCAGAUGCCAACAAGAAUGCUGGCAAUUCAAUUGGACAUGAGAAGAAUGUAAGUUCGGUUUCUCCUUCAGCUGAAGGAAGUGCUAAUGGAGAAAGCUUCCGAAAUAGAUUCCUUGUUGACAAGGUCAUUUCUUGUGAUAAAGUUGAGAAAUGUGAAUCAAAACCACAGCUCACUUUAGAUGCAUCUCAUGUUCGGCCGAAGCCUGAAGAUGGUGAAAUAAUUGCAACUGCAGAGCACAAGGAGCAACUGCAACUGCAAAAGCAAAAUGAUAUGAUUCCUGAAGAGCAGGAAAGACCCUCGGGUGAUGUUGAGAAGCCUCAAAGCCAUGAUUCUUUGGAGCAGCAGCCUGACAUAAUUCCCAGGAGACAAAGUACUAGAAACCGGCCAUUGACUGUUCGAGCAUUGGAAUCCAUAGCAAAUGAGUUCUUGCAUUCUAAGAAGAGACAGAAAAAGAAAGGCGCCCAAGAAACACGGAAAGAUCCAUUGAGUACUUGCUACAGGGAUCUUACCGGAGACCAAACAAUGUUGCAUCAUCAGUGUUCAAGUCCAAGAAAAUAAAUUGUAAUGACAUUUUGACAUGCCGUCUCUUUACUAGGAAU